AUGCCCAAUUCGGAGUGGCGUAAACAGAGAGGUGGCCAACCCAUGACUUGGCAGAGGAGUAUGAAGGAGAUCGCGAGACGCUUGGGUGCUGUCGGUGCUACUCGCCUUCCAGGAUGGGGACCGCGUGAUCCUCACUGUGCCUGGUUGGAGACACUACAAGAUAUGGCUGCCAACCGAUAUUACGCUCCUCUUCAAAUGGCAUCGAACGACAUAUGA